ACUGUCAAUCAGUUCGGGACUUUGGGUCGAUUGAUAAGCGAAAAACCGCUGCUUCUCUCUCUGUCUUCUCGAGUAAAACAUCCCCAAUCUCUCAUUCUCUCUCUCUCGGAUUAUCCCCAAAUCCGGCUCCAACGAGCUCUCCCUCUCCACUGGGGAAUCCUGCGCGGAACCCUAACCCUAGCCUUCUGGCUAUGUCACACUCUCGGUUUCUCUUCUUCGCUGCCUGAUAAGCCCUAAGGGGGAGCAUCCUUCCUAGGUCGGCAAGACUUCCAGGAGCCGGGAAUCUCCCUCUUUUCGAGAUUUCGCUUCAAUCGAUGGAAGAUUGACGGGGCUCCUUGUGUCGCGGUUGACUCUGCUUCGUGGAAGAACUCGUCGCGUUCCCGAUCAGAGGACCUGAUCUCGGCUUCGGUUUUAUUGUGUUCGUGGAUUGACUGGGGUUAGUUUAAUCUUUGUCGCUGCAUACUGCUGAGCUCCCUUGUUCGGGAUACACAGUUCGGAGUCGGGGUUGAAGAUGUCGCCUGGCUGUUAAAUCCUGCACCCAGUGGUUGGAUCGCCAAUUUGGUGGAGCCACAGUUUUCUGUUAAACAGCGUUGUGAUUCCGGAGGCGAAUUUGACAACAGUUUGGAUGGAGAUGGCAGUGGCUUCUUUGUAUGGUUCUUGCGGAUGCGUGCUGGCCGGAGUAUCGUCGGAAAGCUCCUGAUUAGUUGGUUUGGUUUGAAUACCUUUUGAUUGAGCACUUCGAAGAAUCUAGAAGGGAAAAAGGGUUCAACUUUUGUGUAUCCAUGUUUCUAUUUUAUGGUCAUUGAGUUGAGUUGAGUUGAGCUGAAUACAAAGGUCCUGUUUUUAGGAGGCCUUUAAUUUCUUUCUAUUUGGUUUGAUUUUGGUUAUAUAUCUAAUCUUAUAAAAAGGAGAAAUGGCAGUGUAUUACAAGUUUAAGAGUGCAAAAGAUUAUGAUUCAAUCUCAAUGGAUGGGCCCUUUAUAUCUGUUGGUACUUUGAAAGAAAAAAUAUUUGAAUCAAAGCACCUGGGCAGGGGUACAGACUUCGAUCUGGUGGUGACUAAUGCCCAAACUAAUGAAGAGUAUCUUGAUGAAGCAUCAUUAAUUCCAAAAAGUACUGCUGUGUUAAUUCGCCGAGUUCCUGGUCGCCCUCGCAUGCCCAUUGUUACUGAGCAAGAGCCAAAGGUGGAAACUAAGGCAGAUGAUACCCCGCAGGAGAAAAGUGGCUUUGUAGGUGGUGAUUCAUCUACUUUUCAAUAUACUGAUGAGACCGAGUGGGAUGAGUUUGGUAAUGACUUAUAUGCAAUCCCGGAAGUCGUACCAGUACAAUCAAGCAUUGCACCUCCUGAAGCUCCUCCUGCCAGCCAGGCUGAAGAGGAAUGCAAGAUUAAAGCUUUAAUUGAUACUCCAGCUUUGGAUUGGCAGCGUCAAGGUAAUGAUGGCUUUGGCCACGGUAGAGGGUUUGGCCGGGGGAUGGGUGGUAGAAUGGGAGGACGUGGAUUCGGUAUGGAGAGGAAAAAUCCUCCGCAGGGUUAUGUGUGUCACAGGUGUAAGGUACCAGGACAUUUUAUUCAGCACUGCCCCACCAAUGGUGAUCCAAAUUAUGAUAUCAAGAGAGUAAAGCCUCCAACAGGAAUCCCAAAGUCGAUGCUAAUGGCAACACCAGAUGGCUCAUAUGCAUUGCCUAGUGGUGCUGUUGCUGUUUUAAGACCAAAUGAGGCUGCAUUUGAGAGAGAAAUCGAAGGGUUGCCUUCCACGAGACCUGUUGGCGAACUUCCGCCUGAACUUCACUGUCCUUUGUGCAAAGAAGUUAUGAAAGAUGCUGUGCUCACAAGCAGGUGUUGUUUCAAAAGCUUCUGUGACAAAUGUAUUAGGGAUUACAUUAUCUCGAAAUCAAAGUGUGUAUGUGGGGCAACAAGUAUUCUUGCAGAUGAUCUUCUUCCGAACAAGACUCUUAGGGAUACCAUUAAUCGUAUCUUAGAGUCAGGGAACAGUAGCGCAGAUAAUGCUGGAAGCACUUUCCAAGUUCAAGAUAUGGAGUCAGCUCGUUGUCCACAGCCCAAGUUUCCUUCUCCUACACAGUCUGCUGCAUCAAAAGAAGAGCCAAGAUUGCCUCAUCCGUCUGCUGAACCAGCCGCUAUGCAAAAUAUAAAGCCAGCGCCCAUUGAGGAGAAGCCUGUUCCUGGACCUGUCCACCCACCAGCAGUCGAGAAGUCAAGAACUUCUAAGGUGGUUGAUGCGUCAGAUGCCACACAUGAGUCAAUGAGCGUGAAGGAGGCAGCAGCAUCACAAAGUAGCGCUCCCCUCAUGGAGGAAGAAGUGCAGCAAAAGCUUGCUUCUGGCGAUGCAGCAAAGAAAAAGAAAAAGAAGAAAGUCCGCAUGCCUCCAAAUGAUAUGUGGAAGGGUGGUCAAGAUCUCGGACCCGAGAAUUUCAUGAUGCCUAUGCCCCCUGCUGCAUUCAAUCCUUACAUGAUGGGUGGGAUGCAACCACCGGGGAUGGAUCCAUAUAUGAAUCCGUACAAUGGUGGUGCUCCCAUGCCAUUUAUGGGUUACGGCCUCGGCCCAUUGGACAUGCCUCCAUUUGGAGGUAUGAUGCCACCGGAUCCUUUUGCUCCACAAGGGUUUAUGAACAAUAUGAUGCCAAUGAUACCACCUCAGAGGGAUCUUGCUGAUUUGGGGAUGGGAAUGGGAAUGGGCAUGGGCAUGGGGAUGGGGAUGAAUCAUGGUCCACCAGCUAUGAGCAGAGAAGAAUUUGAGGCCCGGAAAGCUGAGAUGAGGAGGCGGCGUGAAAUGGAGAGGCGAGCUGCUGAAAGCCACAGGGAGUUUCACAGAGAGCGGGAAUUUGGAAGAGAAGUGAGCAGCAGUGGACCCAACGAUGGUGGUCCGUCGAUGAAAUCUCGGAAUGUCGCUCCGCAAGUGAACGGCGAUUCUCACCACCACCGUCACCGACCGGGAAGGCCAUCCCCUGACCGCUCCGCCGCCAGGGAGCUCGACGGGCCGCCACCACCGCUUCCUCCGCAGCGCUCGUCCAAGAGAAAGUCGGACCACAACGAUCAUGGCAGCAGCCGCGACAAGGAUAAGGAUCGAGACUACGACCAUCACAACCACCACGAGCACCGAGACCGCGAAAGAGAUCACGAUCAUUCUGAUCGCGAUCGUGAUCACCACCACCAUCACCGCAAACGCUCGGAAUCCUCAACUAAGACGGCUUCUGACUCCGCAGCGGCUGCAGCUGCAGCUGCUGCGGCAGAUGAACGGAAGCGGAAGGCCAGCGUGUUCUCGCGGAUCAGCUUUCCGGAGGGAGAAGCAGCGGCUAGCAAGAAGCGGAAGGGGUCGUCUUCCUCCUCCGCUGCUCCUGAAGCAGCAGCUUCUUCAGCUGCUGGUGGGAAGUCCUCUGCAUCGGGGAACGGCUACUACGACAGGAAAUCGUCUGCGUCGGCUUCCAUCGGUGGUGGAGGCAGAAAGAGCAGCAGUGCUGUGGCGGCGGAUUAUGAAUCGAGCGAUGAUGAUGAGAGGCAUUUCAAGAGGAAGCCGUCGAGGUAUGAGCCGUCCCCUCCCCCGCAACAGGAGUGGGAAGAGGAUGUGAAGCAUUCCUCCAGAAGCUCAAGGGACAGGAAGCAUAGGGGAAAAUGAAUGGAGAAGAAUCGCUGCAAAGCGCGAUCGAUUGUGCUCUCAUUUCGCCGGCAUGGGUUUCUGCUGCUGUAUUUUGUACAUGAUGAGGAGAAUUGAGAGAUUUUCCCCCAGUCGUUUGUGGUUUUGGAAUGUGGAAUUUUCCCAUUAAAGAUAAGAAAAAAAGAGCAGAAGCCACCCUUGUUGCCUGGCGUCUUUCCCUUUUCGUUUUGACGAGCGCAAAGGAAUUGUCCGUUAUUUAUGUGGUUGUUCCUCUUUGUAAUAAGAAAUCCUUCUGUUUCUUAUAUGGCCUUGUUUCUUGGCAUCGCUCCAGCAAAA